GGGAGGACGGGGAGGGGGAUCUUCCAGAACCCGGGAAACUGCAAAACUGCCGCAUGUGCCGCUGGGCGGGCGCGAGCGGCGGGAAUUGAAACCUGGCGAAGGCUGGCUCACGGUCCGCUGGCCGCGCGUUCCCAGGCCGCGGAAGGGGCCCGCGAAGGGGGCGAGCGCGCGCCGCAGGGGCGGGGCAGGAGCGGCGAGCCGGGCGUCUCGCGGCCCGGCGGCUCCCGGGGGAGGAGUCUGGCGGUGGUCGGGCCCUGAGGAGCGUGCGGCGGCGCCCGCAGAGGACGCUGCUUUCCGCGCAGGACCGGCCGACCGAGGGAGGGCGCGAGGGAAAGCCGGAAGGAAGACGAGGCGGCGGCUCCAAGCUUCCUCGGGGGAGGCGGAGGCGAGACCCCGGCCCUGGCCUGGGCGGGAGGGCCACGCCCCCGCGCCCGAGGGGCCCAGUGUUUUCAGGGUCUCUGGUCGCACCGGAUCCCAAUCUUCCGGACCUGGGGACACGGUUACUCCAGAGGAUUCGCAGAACAUAGGAUGUCACUGCAAAAUCUACCUCGUGUGUUACUCUCUUUAACUCAUGAGCUGCACAAGAGUUGCAAAUUUGAGCAAGACGGCUGCAGACCAUGUUGAAGAACUGAAGAACCUAAUUAACACAGGAUGACCUAGGAGUGAUUCUAAGCAUAUAACAAGAUACUCAUUAGUGAAUGUGAGAUAUUAAUGGAAUACAGUCAUGUCCACUCAAGACGAGAGGCAGAUCAAUACUGAAUAUGCUGUGUCCUUGUUGGAACAGUUAAAACUGUUUUAUGAACAGCAGUUGUUUACUGACAUAGUGUUAAUUGUUGAGGGCACUGAAUUCCCUUGUCAUAAGAUGGUUCUUGCAACAUGUAGCUCUUAUUUUAGGGCCAUGUUCAUGAGUGGACUCAGUGAAAGCAAACAGACACAUGUGCACCUGAGGAAUGUGGAUGCAGCCACCUUACAGAUAAUAAUCGCUUACGCAUACACGGGUAACUUGGCAAUAAAUGAUAGCACUGUAGAACAGCUUUAUGAAACUGCUUGCUUCCUGCAGGUAGAAGAUGUAUUACAACGUUGUCGAGAAUACUUAAUUAAAAAAAUAAAUGCAGAGAAUUGCGUGCGAUUGUUGAGUUUUGCUGAUCUGUUCAGUUGUGAGGAACUAAAACAAAGUGCUAAAAGAAUGGUAGAGCACAAGUUCACUGCUGUAUAUCACCAGGAAGCUUUCAUGCAGCUGUCACAUGACCUACUGAUAGACAUCCUCAGUAGUGACAAUUUAAAUGUUGAAAAGGAGGAGACAGUUCGCGAAGCUGCUAUGCUGUGGCUAGAGUACAACACAGAAUCACGAUCCCAGUAUUUGUCUUCAGUUCUUAGCCAAAUCAGAAUUGAUGCACUUUCCGAAGUAACACAGAGAGCUUGGUUUCAAGGCCUGCCGCCCAAUGACAAGUCUGUAGUGGUUCAAGGUCUGUAUAAGUCUAUGCCCAAGUUUUUCAAACCAAGACUUGGAAUGACUAAAGAGGAGAUGAUGAUUUUCAUUGAAGCAUCUUCAGAAAAUCCUUGUAGUCUUUACUCUUCUGUCUGUUAUAGCCCCCAAGCAGAAAAAGUUUACAAGCUGUGUAGCCCACCAGCCGAUUUGCAUAAGGUUGGGACUGUUGUAACUCCUGAUAAUGACAUCUAUAUAGCAGGGGGUCAAGUUCCUCUGAAAAACACAAAAACAAAUCACAGUAAAACAAGCAAACUUCAAACUGCCUUCAGAACUGUGAAUUGCUUUUAUUGGUUUGAUGCACAGCAAAAUACCUGGUUUCCAAAGACCCCAAUGCUUUUUGUCCGUAUAAAGCCAUCUCUGGUUUGCUGUGAAGGCUAUAUCUAUGCAAUUGGAGGAGACAGUGUAGGUGGAGAACUCAAUCGGAGAACUGUGGAAAGAUACGAUACUGAGAAGGAUGAGUGGACAAUGGUAAGCCCUCUGCCUUGUGCGUGGCAGUGGAGUGCGGCAGUUGUGGUUCACGACUGCAUUUAUGUGAUGACACUGAACCUCAUGUACUGUUACUUUCCGAGGUCUGAUUCAUGGGUAGAAAUGGCCAUGAGACAGACUAGCAGGUCUUUUGCUUCGGCUGCGGCUUUUGGUGAUAAAAUUUUCUAUAUUGGAGGGUUGCACAUUGCUACCAAUUCUGGCAUAAGGCUCCCCUCUGGCACUGUAGAUGGGUCUUCAGUAACUGUGGAGAUUUAUGAUGUGAACAAAAACGAGUGGAAAAUGGCAGCCAACAUCCCUGCUAAGAGGUACUCAGACCCCUGUGUUAGAGCUGUUGUGAUCUCAAAUUCUCUCUGUGUGUUUAUGCGAGAAACCCACUUAAACGAGAGAGCUAAGUAUGUCACCUACCAGUAUGAUCUAGAACUUGACCGGUGGUCUCUGCGGCAGCAUAUAUCUGAACGUGUACUAUGGGACUUAGGGAGAGAUUUUCGGUGCACUGUGGGGAAACUGUAUCCAUCCUGCCUUGAAGAAUCUCCGUGGAAACCACCAACUUACCUUUUUUCACCGGAUGGGACCGAGGAGUUUGAACUGGAUGGAGAAAUGGUUGCACUACCACCUGUAUAGCCGGCGAGUUGAGGGAGUGCACGCCUGAUGUCUGUGCUUUGUCAUUUUCUUUGCUAAACAGGAGAGGCUAUGAAAGGACUAAAUAUGAGUACAUAAAGUCUAUCUUUGAUAAAUUUUAUUUUUAUGCCCUACUUAAUAUUUGCAUCAGUAUAAUAUAUAUCCGUGAGUCUUACAGAAAGAUAUGCUUCCAUAAUAUGAAAUAGAUUAUCCAAUAAUUGAGAAACUUCUACAUGUAUCAUGAGAGCAUAAGAAUCUGGAUUAUCUAAUAACAUUGUUAGCCCUGUGUUAUGUACAGUUCAAAAAGUUCACUUAUUAAAGUAGUUUCCUGUUCCUAGUGUGGUAUAUCACAAAUUGUGCCGAGGUUAUUUUAGUAUAUGUAUUUCAUUCCCGUGCUUCUUUUCUGAAGUCUUAGAAUACUUUUUUUUUUUUCCCAGUGUAAUUAAUUCAGCUGCACUUGACACUAGUGUCCAUGUUGGUAUAGAAAUGUUGUCAAAAUCCUUUACUAUAGUUGAGGAAGAUCUUCCAUUUUAUGGUAUUGCACAGGGAAAGCUAUGACUGCAGGAUCAGUCUAACUAUACUAUUAGGUGCAUGUAUUCUCUCUUCACUAACUUAUACUUGUCUAUCUAGAAUACAGGUCUUCCAAUUAGCUGGUCAUUUACCAGGUGUGGACUUAAGUUGCUGGGCUUGCAAUAAGAAUUGCUAGUCCCUCGUUGUGCGGGUCUGUGUGGAGCUUUAAUCAGUAAAUGCCUCCACUUUCUGUAUUACAUUAACAUUGGCUCAUGCAUAUAACUACCUGCUGCUGUUGUAUUUCUCCAUCUUAAAGAUUUAGAGUGGGUUAACCAGGUCAUUACAUCCUAAUUUAAUAACAAGCAUUACUGUAGAGUGACUGUGUAUAGUCAUUAGCUGUCAGGGUGUGUGUGUGGUUUUUUUUUAACCUGUUGUGUGUGGGGGGGGGUAGGAGUAGAAAGGUGAACUGUUCAGGAAUUCUCUGCACUAGCCGUGCAGAUGAGCAGGUAACUAGUGCUGCUCUGGCAUUAAUCCCAGGAACCACUAGCAGUAGCGGGGCGCCGCCAAUCUAACAUGAGCACAGGUGCUUCAUGACAAACCUUACUAGCAUGUUCAACUGCAUCAUGUUCUGGCACUGUAUUUUGAAUGACAUUAAUUUAUUAAAUAAAUUGUAUAUAUUCGA